CGUGCUCCGAAGCGGCAGUACGUUUCGUGUCUACGUGUGUGAGCGUGCGCGAGCGCGCGCGCGCACGAUUGUCUGUUCUUGUCUGACGUUAGCAGCGGCAACACCAGCGCCACUCGAUAGCGGCCGGAAGGCGAUUCGAUUACGCGAACUGAGCCGCGGCAGCGCAGCGCAGCGCGAAGAGCUGGUCAGUGCGUGUGGCAUUCCGCGCCGAGAAAUGGAAGCCGACGAGACGCGUUCGGUCAGUACAAGCGUGAGCACGUUGCCGAGGUCGCAUAUAGUCGCGCGCGACAUCGCAGUGACAGCUGUGCACGUACGCCGCUUUUGAGUUUGUUAUGACAAAGAACGUAUCACCGGCCACGACCGGUCGCCGACCAUCAGUUGCGUAUCCGGAGAAGAAAAGACCGUCGUCGCCGUUGUUGUUAUCAUCGUCGUUCUUGUAAACGUGCGCGUCGCGAUUAAAGUGUUGUUGGUUCUUUUUCUGUUCGACUCGUGAGAGGAGGAAUCGCGUCGGGCGACGACGAGGGAUUAGGCACGCCAGCUUUGAAAGUCACCGGGAGAAAGAGAAUCGGGAAGAUGUGGUGCCUCGUCAGCCAAGCCAACUCCGUCAUCCUCGAGGUGCAGGUCGACCCGAAGGCCAUCGGCCAGGAGUGUCUUGAAAAGGCCUGCGACUGCCUGGGAGUCAGCAAGGAGUGUGAUUACUUCGGUCUGAAAUAUCAGAACGCGAAGGGCGAGGAACUUUGGUUGAACCUGAGGAACCCUAUAGAACGGCAAACCGGCGGUGGCGUGGCGCCGCUAAGAUUCGCCUUAAGGGUUAAGUUUUGGGUACCACCGCACCUGUUGCUGCAGGAGGCCACCAGGCAUCAGUUCUACUUGCACUCCCGCCUCGAGCUAGUCGAGGGUAGGUUGAAAGUCCCGGAUUGGGGCUCCGUGGCCCGUUUGGUCGCCCUGAUAGCGCAGGCCGAUGGUGGUGAUUACGAUGCGCUAUCACCGCCGCAUGCACUUUACUCUCAGUGCUGUCACAUACAACCCACGGAGCCAUGCGAGCCAAAACCUCAGGACUUCCUACUUCGGAUAAUUCAGCAGCACAAGGAAAUCAAGGGGAUGAAAACAUCGACCGCGGAGUACUGGCUUUUGAAAGAAAUAUCGAACCUCGACACUUUCGGCCAGGAAAUGUUUCACAGUAAAUUCGGACAAUACAACGGAGUGUCUAUGAUUGGUGUCGGUCCACAUGGAAUUACGGUCUAUCGCAAUCAAGAUGAAGAAACGCAAAACAUACCGUAUACGGCUAUACAAAGCGCGACGUCACAACGGCGGAUGUUCCACUUGGUCUACCUCUCACUCGACGGCGAGGAGACAUCGUUGGACUUUAAAUUAGACUCGAGUCAGUCCGCCAGCGGGCUUUACAGAGCGAUCACCGAGAAACACGCGUUUUACAGCUGCGAGACAGUCAGAAGCGCAGUCACCGCGCAGUUUAUACGCGAUUUAAAGGGGACAAUAAUUUCCAUCUUCAACGAAGACUCGACGUUGGGGAAGAAGUACGUGUUCGACAUACGCAGGACCUGCAGGGAGGUCUACGACAAUGCGCGACGUGCGCUCUAUUGCGAGGCGGCCACCAUAGCGUUGCCUGAGGAGAACGAGAUCCUGGAUAGGCAUGGCUGCAGCGAAUGCGAGAAUCCCAAAUGCAAGGAAUCGCGGGAAUGUCUGGCUAGAUUAUUGGACGCGAUGCUCUGCCGGAUCUGCAUGGAUCGAAGCUUGGAUACCGCCUUGUUUCCCUGCGGACACGCUGUGGCCUGUUUGGACUGCGCUCGUCGUUGCGAGCGUUGCCCAUUAUGUCGGGCCAACAUCGACUAUUGCCGGACGAUAUACCUCCCGAUUGAGCUGACACACAUUGACAAGCACAAUCCCAAGCUAUUGUCAGAAACAAUCGAGCCUGUAUUUAGCAAGCCGCUGGCAGAACAAAUAAAGGAGCGCAUUUUGAGCGGCGAGGCGCCGGUAAAUAAUAACAUUUGAGAACGUCGUGUUAAGCGCAGACUGGGCGCGUUCGAGAGAUUCUUCAGGAUUGUUACUUGUCGUGCAGGAAGGACGUAUUGAAGCAUCGGCAUGAAGUAAUUUUUCCGCAAAAAAACGAACCGAGCGUGUCAAAAAUUUAAUUUCGUAUAAUACUGAAUUCUUAACAUGCAACCGCGUACUUUGACAUUAUUCCUUCUAUCUUUUUUUAUUUCUUUUUUUACUUUCAUUUCUUAUUUGCUAAUUUAACUCAUGAGGAAUGAUUCAGAGAUACGCAAUUUUCAAUAUAAUUUUUCCCGUCUCAACUGUUUUAGGGAGGAUUUCUUAUCGAUAUCAGCGAGAUAGUUGAACACGCGUUUAUAAUCUAACUUAUUAUUGCGCUUGCGUAUAGACAGGGUUGCAAGUUAUUACGAAAAAUUGAUUUGCACAAUGUUUUUUCACAUCGUUUCUACAGAGAUCGAUAAAAUUAUCAAGGAGAACUUUACUUGGUUUUCUGACCAAAGAAAUAUGCGUUAUCCAAUAGUAGUUUUUUAAGCACGUCUUUUUAAUAAUUAACGAAUAUAGUGAACGGUCUGAAUGUGCUAAAAUUAAGAGACGAUUUGACAGUACUGUGAUUGAAGAUGAUAUUGUUGGAAAUACGCGAGAAUAUCGUAGAUAAAUCUGACGACGGAAUCAUAAAUUACAUCGUCGUCUACAUAUUCAUAAUGAUGUUAAAAAUAGCCCUUUUAAUUGAACGGCCGAAAAGUGCUAUUAGCAGCAUGGAUCUCUAUAAGAAACAGUGCUGCCAACACGUGUGAAAAAAAAUAUAAUUUGUAUUACAAGACAAGAUUCACGCGCGACGAGGUAAAUUCACGCGUAAAUUUUUCUUUUCAACUGAUGAUCGGACCAAUAUUUUUCUUUUUAUUUUAUAAUCUUUAUUAAUGCUUUCGUUCCUCUUAGAUAGAUUAUAUGCUUUUUUGCAUAUGUUUAUUCUGAUCUAAAUACACUCACUGGUUACUUGGGUCGAGACCUUAUCGAAAUCAGUAACUCGGCACAUAUUUUUAAUACAACAUACAUUAUACUCAUUACGCAUAUGCGAUAUCGUUUACAAAAUAACCGCUAACGACAGAGUCGCUUCUAAUGGAUGUUUCAAUAAAACGGGAUUUGAAUCUUACGUAGUAAGUGUCGAUAUUUACUUUAAUCGCGACGUUUAAAAAAAAUGCAACAUAUAAAAAAAUGCGUCUAGAAUACUAAGUGAACUAAUUACAUGUAAUUAAAUCGUAGAUUGUAAUUAUAUAUGAAGAUUGUCGUGGACAAUGCGGAUGUCACAUUGAUAUGUAUAUUAUGGAUCUAUUUUUAUCAUUAUAACAGAACAAGAAGAAAUUAAAACGCGUAAUCACAUUG